GCCGCGCCUCCCCAGUGCAGCUAUUUGUUUGCGCGGGAAAGCGCGCGUCCGUACAUUAAAUCGGUCUGUCCUCUGUUAAACAUUUUGUUUAUAGGUGUUUUUGUUUAUGUAUAAAAGAAAAGUGUCGUGAAUUUUCCUGUUUUCAACAAUGGAAGAUGGGGACGAGAUGCCAGUUAGGGACGGCACCAAAAAGUCACUCAUCGGCGCCAUCGACGAUGGAACAAAGACAGUCAGAUUUGUGAUAUACGAAGCGGAAAGAUCUGAAGAAUUGGUUUCCCAUCAGUUAGACAAAACAGAGGCUCAGCCGCAGGAAGGAUGGUACGAGCAAGAUCCCUUAGAAAUAUUACAUAAUAUUAAAAUGUGUGCUGAAAAUGCUAUCGACCAAUUGGCUGAAUUUGGAUAUUCAAAAGACGACAUAGUUGCCUUAGGUAUUACAAAUCAAAGGGAGACGACGAUAGCAUGGGAUAAAUUUACCGGCGAACCUCUACAUCCUGCCAUAUCAUGGAACGAUAUCCGCACAGAUAGCACAGUGGACGCGAUACUGGCGAAAGUACCAGACCGCAACAAAAAUUAUCUUAAAAACAUCUCAGGCUUACCAAUCAGUCCCUACUUUAGUGCUCUGAAGAUGAGGUGGUUGAAAGACAACAUCAAGUCCGUGAGACGAGCGAGCAGGGAUAAGAGGCUACUGUUUGGUACCGUCGAUUCUUGGAUUGCUUGGAAUUUAACCGGUGGCGUCCACGGCGGACUUCAUAUAACCGACGUGACAAACGCGUCAAGGACGCUACUCAUGAAUUUGGAAACACUGAACUGGGAUCCAAUGUUAUGUAGAUUGUUCGGCAUACAUAGAGAAUCGUUACCACAGAUACGUAGCAGUGCAGAAAUAUAUGGAAUAGUCAAGGAUGGCUCAAUUUUAGAUGGAAUUAGGAUAUCAGGGAUCCUCGGCAACCAGCAGUCGGCGCUGGUCGGCCAGAACUGUCUCCAAGCCGGCCAAGCGAAGAACACGUACAGGACGGGCUGCUUCCUGCUGUACAACACGGGCACCCGGCGCGUCCAGUCCACGCACGGCCUGCUCACCACGGUGGCCUACAAGCUGGGGGCCGGCGCGCCCGCCGUCUACGCCCUGGAAGGGUCGAUAGCGGUCGCCGGCGGUGCGAUGAAGUUCCUUCGCGACAACCUGAAGCUGAUCAAAGACGUGACGCAGGAUACUGAGCACAUUGCGGGACAGGUGUUCUCGACCGGAGACGUCUAUUUCGUGCCGGCUCUUAAUGGACUCUACGCGCCGUACUGGCGGAAGGACGCUCGGGGUAUCAUCUGCGGUUUGACAGCAUUUACGACGAAAAAUCACAUAAUUCGAGCUGCUUUGGAAGCUGUAUGUUUUCAAACAAGGGAUAUCCUGGAAGCCAUGAACAAAGACUGCGGCAUGCCGCUGUCGAAGCUCCACGUUGACGGUCGGAUGACUUCCAACGACCUCCUCAUGCAGCUGCAGGCGGAUCUCACCGGGAUACCCGUGUUGCGUGCGCAGUCGUGGGACAUGUCCGCGCUGGGCGUGGGCGUGGCGGCGGGCCACGCGGUGGGCGUGUGGGCCGUCGAGCGCUGGCGACACCACGCCACGCCCACGCACACCUUCCUGCCCACCACCACGGAUGACGACCGCGAUGCGAGAUACACGAAGUGGAAGAUGGCGGUUCAACGGUCGCUGGGCUGGGCGAGUACGAAGAAGUCCAUCACAAUGACAGGUCAGGCCAAAAGAAAAAGUAGCAUGUUCCAAAGCUCCGAUACUCUGACCCCGCCCGACAGUAGGAAGACUUCCUGGGAUGUAGACAAUAUAAAACCGGACAUAGACAGCAUUAAACCAGCCACCGACGAAGGCGUAGAUAACUAUAUCGAAGAGCUAAUUCAGUAUUCGGCGCGGAAAUUCUCGAUUUUCGUCCCGCUUAAAGGUCCCAAAGACGAGCACACGAUCUUAGACGACGCCGAGUAUUAUAUGAGUAAAAAAGAAUGCGACUACGACAUGUGUCAGUGUUGCCAGGGCAAAAAAAAGAUACAUACCGACUGGAAGACGAUUGAGGAAAUAAUUGAAAACGAUCCCGAAAUUAUUUUCGAUAGCGACGACAAUCCGAUAGUCGUCGAGCCGGUCAAAGAUCAUUUGUACGAACCGGCGCCGUUAGUUGGGACUAGUUUGAAAAAGCGUAUGCAGUUGGAAAAAUUGCCCGUCAUUUUUAAAAAUAUUUGCAAUAAGUUCACGAACACGUCUUUGACAUGAAAAUGCAAUUUUUCCACGUUUAUAACACAUCGAAUAUUUUGAUUUUAAUCAUUGUUUUUUUUUUUAUGUAGUUGAUACUGUUAUGUAUAGGUGUACUACACGUAUAGUUUUAAAUUAUUUUAAUUUUAAUAUUUGUAACGGCUCACGUACAAUAAGGCUACUAACUUGACCUCAGAAUAAAAGUAUUAUUUUACCUA